CCCCCCACCACUCAGCCCUCCCGAGCAGCCCGGCCUAGGCCUCCACUCGACACAACUCGACCCGCGCCGCCGCCGCCUUCAAAGCUCGCCAGCCUCCUCCUCCUCCCGCAUCUUCUUCUUUCUCCUCAUCAUCUACCUCCUCAUCACCCUCACGCGUCUCCUCCUCUCUCGUCCGUCACAAGGCAACAACCCCCCAGGCUCACGCCGUCGCUCGACGGCCGGUUGUCGACCGUCCGCGGCCUGCGCUCUUUUUUGUUGUUUUACCGGUCUCGGAUAGAAUCCUCAGCCGGGGUUACCCCACCGACACCCCCGCGGCCGGGGCCGCAUGAGCGCGUCGGGGUCUCCGCACGUGGCGUUCGAGGUUCCCGUGGAGGCGGCGGCGGCGGCGGGGAUGCUGCGCAACGAGAGGCUGCGGCUCGGGGUGUGCUUCGUGGGAGUGUUCGUCUGCUACUUCUACUACGGCAUCCUGCAGGAGAGCAUCACGCGUGGACAGUACGGCUCGGGAGACGUGGAGGAGCGGUUCCGGUUUGCCAUGUCACUCGUCUUCGUGCAGUGUGUGAUCAGCGCGCUCUUCGCCAAGCUCGUGAUGACGUACGUGACGCGGCCGGCGCCCGACCGCACGGCGGGUUGGCUCUCUGCGGCCUGCGCCGUCUCCUACCUCGGCGCCAUGGUCUCCAGCAACUCCGCGCUGCAGUACGUCAACUACCCCACGCAGGUGCUGGGCAAGUCCUGCAAGCCCAUCCCAGUGAUGAUCCUGGGAGUGCUGCUUGCGCGCAAGCGGUACCCGCUCAUCAAGUACCUGUGCGUGCUGCUCAUCGUCGUCGGCGUCGCCAUGUUCCUCUACAAGGGGAAGGGCGGCGCCAAGGGUGGCGACGGCGGUGGCCCUGAGCAGGGCUACCUGGGCUACGGCGAAAUCCUGCUGUUGGUGUCCCUGACGCUGGACGGGCUGACGGGCGUCACCCAGGACAAGAUGAAGUCUCGCCACCAGACGGGGUCGCACCACAUGAUGUUCAAUGUGAACCUGUGGUCGUCACUGCUGCUGGGAGUGGGCGUGCUGGUGACGGGGGAGAUCUUCGAGUUUGUGAGUUUCACCGAGCGACACCCGGCCAUCCUCUACAAAAUCCUGCUCUUCAGCAUCACCAGCGCCCUCGGGCAGAAUUUCAUCUUCAUGACGGUGGUGUCGUUCGGGCCGCUCACGUGCUCCAUCAUCACGACGACGCGAAAGUUCUUCACCAUCCUCGCCUCCGUGCUGCUCUUCUCCAACCCCAUGUCCAGCUUCCAGUGGGUGGGAACCGUCCUCGUAUUCAUGGGCCUCGGCAUGGACUCGUUAUACGGGAAGGUCCCCAAGAAAGCCUGAGGCCACUGUGACAGUGCAAGCCAUCGACCACGGCUCUCUGCUGGGACCAAGUCUUACCGCUACUCCUGCUGAUCUGCACGGCCCCACUCAACCUGCGCCUCUCCCCCUUGGAUUCUCUUGGAGUGCCUCUUAUCUCUCCUUUGCCCCCUUCUCCGUCAACCACGCCCGCUCUCUAAUUACAUCCUUUUGUUUAAUCCAGGAAAGCCUUGGCACUCAUUUUAUUUUAUUUAUUUUUUUGCACGAGAGGGACCUCUUGCCAUGCUGGGACGUUCGGACAAUUCCGUUUGGCUUUGUGUGGUGGAACACAAAACUGGUGGAACACAAAACUGGUGGACAACCCUGGAGAAAACCCAGCACCCGUAACAAGGCUGGGUCCAGAGUGACACUUGGUGUCACGUGUAGAUAAAACUGAAGGAUCCAUUGCUGUUGCUGCCACCUCAGCCCCAGUCUACACCACCUGGUAUCCCCAGGCAGUAUCCCAUCCAAGUACGAGCCAGGCUCAAGUCCGCUCAGCUUCUAAGUUCUGAUGACCGGAUGCCCUCCUUGACACUUAGUGCCUAUACGGGUCGAACGCUUACCACUCUUCUGGCUCAUCUCCACCGUCAAUGCCACUCUCACUCUCCCCAUCCCUGCUCCACCCACCUUACCCUUCUACCCGUUACCUACCCCCACACAACCCUUCUAAUUUUCUCUUUCCCAACCAGUUUAUUUCACUUUGUUUUCCCCUUUCACAUCAACCCUGCCGUCCUCACUGGGCGUUCCUGCACGAGGUGGAAAAAGCAACUUGGUGAAGCCGGUGGGGGGGGUGUUGGCGCCGCCCUUCCCCCACCGCCGCCCCCCCCCCCUCUCUCCCUGGCGUCCUCCGACAAGCAGCGAUGCAGCACGCGCACGCCAGGAGGCACGCGGAGAGAACCACCACGCAAGUCUCUCUCACGCGCGUGCCGUCCAACGGACUCCACAAACUGAGCACUUUCGUCUGGGGUGGGGCUGGGGGGGGAAGGAAUCGCUGUCCAUCGGACUAACUUUAUUUAAAAAUACCGCAAAGUAAUUUUAAUAUUGCCGCGUGAAGGUUGUCCGAGUUUGUUUUUAAUUGUCGUUGCGCGAAUGUAAAAUUAUCGUGCAGGUGUGCGACGGAGACUUUUGUGCGCGUGUUGAUAAUCGUGAAGAUGGUCGUUUCCCAGUCACUUGGUUCCCUUUAUGCUAGGAGCGCUUGACAUCUCACAUCUCGAUGCACUUUGAAAGGGAUUUCAUCUGCAGGCGAGGGGUUAAAAACAAAUUAUGGAUUCUGGACGCAGGGACCUUGACCUGCUCUUGCCGGCGAGGUCCCCCGGCAGAUCUUCACCCUUUCACUGUAAACCAGCAGGCGACCUGUAGUCUCAUGGUUAACACACCCGCAGGGUUAACCAGGGCAGCCACACCACUGCAACGGUGAACCUCCUAACUAGCAGCAGCUACUGCUGCUGGCCCAUGUGUGGCAGCUGAUGAACCGGCACAGCUUUACACCUCGUGCCCCCCCCCCCCCCCUGUCGCAAGCCACCUGUAGGCCAGUUGGAUUGAUACAUUUGAUGUGGAACUUCACCCUUGGUUCUCGGUGCAAUUCCAAGCUAUCCAAGGAAAAGCCUCACGGAAAGCACUGCCAGCCAGCCCCCCCCCAAUCACUGUUAGGCCCUGGUCACAGGUGGGAGAAAAUUAUAGCGGGGAGCCAGAGACUGUGAACAAGCGCUGUUGUCCAUUGUGAAAUAAACCCCCCUCCCUCCUCCCAUGAUCACUUUC